UAACUUUCUUUAAUAGUGUAAAAUAAAAAAGAAUAAUCAAAAACAGUACACUAUUUGUUUCUUUCUAGACAGAUAUGAGAAAAUAGUUUCUAAAAACACAAGGAUUAUGUUGUGGGCGUAGUAACUUCCGUUACAUGUUGUAAAGCAAAAACACAUGUGUAGUUUAGUUGAAUUUCUAAACUUUCAAUAACUCUCUGUGUUAACAAACACGAUGGGGAAGGCUAAAAAGGGUUUUAAUUGGAAAGCGAGGCAGCAGCCAGAUGUAACCAUUGACAGAUCUUCUGAAAAGGAGGUGAAAGUUGAUCUUGAAGGUGUACAAAUUGACAAAGGUUAUGAUGAGAGCAACAUUUUGGCACUCCCUUCAAAGAAGAGAGAAUCUGAGUCCAUUCUGCAGAAUACAAAAAUGCCAAAGAAACUUACAAAGAAAGAAAGAAGAAAGCUUGAGAAGGUCCUUGAACAGAAAGAAAAGAAAGCAAAGAGAGCAGAUGUACUGGAAUCUCUGGCUCUACAUCAGGCCAGUCCGGAUGAGAUGAACCAGUUUGUUAGUAUAGCUGAGAUGCAAACUGGGAAAUUAAAAAGAAAAAUUGAACAGACUCAAAGUGACGUAAGUGUAAACACUAUUGCUGGUAGUAAUAAGAAAAGAAGGAAAAUGAUAUCUGAACAGGAAAUAGAGGAGAGUGACGAUGAGUCUAUUCAUACCUCUGACAUGUCUACAGAUGAAGAGGAUUCAGGGGUGAUAAGUGAUGAUGAAAAAGAGCACUCAGGGGAGAGAACUUCUGUAAAAGUUGAAAAUAGUGGGACAGAUAGUAUGAAGAAAGAAGAUGAUUCAUGUUAUAAAUGUGAAUUGAAUAGAGGCACAGAUAAUGAAGCCAAAGAGAAACAAAACGACAAAAGUGGGAGAGUUAUUGAUUCAAAUGUUGGGAAUAGUGGUGCAAAAGAAAAUGUUACAAUUGUGAAGACAAAACAUCAUGCCAGAGGGACUUCUGGGAAAUGGACAGUGAGUGAAAUAAGGCCUAAAAAAGAUGAAGUGACAAAUGAUAAAAAGGUUGAAAAAGAUUCGAAAGUUGAUAAAAGUGACAUAGAAAAAUCUAAAGAUAAAGUCAAAACAGUGGAAAGUAUAAAACCAGUAGAAACAGUUAUAAAAUCAGAAGAGGCUGUAACAAAGAAAGUUGUCAAUAUCCCUGUGGAAAGAGAAAAGCAUAUACAAGAUGGAAGAUUAAAGCUGCCUAUUUUAGGAGAAGAGCAGGUGAUUAUGGAAACAAUCAAUGAAAAUCCUGUGGUGAUUAUCUGUGGUGAAACAGGAAGUGGUAAAACUACUCAAGUACCGCAGUUUCUGUAUGAAGCUGGGUAUGCUCAUGGAAGUGGAACUAUCGCAGUUACAGAGCCGAGAAGGGUGGCAGCUGUCAGUAUGUCAAACCGAGUAGCCACUGAAAUGUCACUGUCAAACAGAGAAGUGUCAUACCAGAUAAGAUAUGAAGGAAAUGUGACACCAGAUACAAAGAUCAAGUUUAUGACAGAUGGUGUUUUACUGAAGGAAGUACAACAGGAUUUUUUGUUGACAAAGUACAGUGUUGUGAUAAUAGACGAGGCUCAUGAAAGGAGUGUAUACACUGAUAUACUGAUUGGUUUACUAUCAAGAAUAGUUCCUCUAAGACACAAAAGAGGGAAUCCAUUAAAGCUUGUCAUUAUGUCUGCCACAUUGAGAGUAGAAGAUUUUACGGAGAAUAAUAGAUUGUUCUGUGUGACACCACCAGUUGUCAAGGUUGAUGCAAGGCAGUUUCCUGUAACAAUUCACUACAAUAAGAGAACACCCUUGGAUAAUUACCUCAACGAAGCUUACAAGAAGACAUGUAAGAUUCACAAGACAUUACCGGAAGGUGGUAUACUUUUGUUUGUAACAGGCCAACAGGAAGUGCAUACUCUGUGCAGAAAAUUAAAACAGACGUUCCCAUUGGAUAAAAAUAACCCAGGAACAGGAACAAUCUCACAUCAAAGGAAAAGACAUAAACAUGGUGAUAAGAAUAAAGAGGCAGAGAAAGUGGAGUUACCAAAAAUUAACCUAGACAAUUAUUCAGUGGCCCCAAUAGAUGAGGAAGCUGAAAUGGAGGGCGGCUCUGACCUUGACCUUAGUGAUGAUGAGAAUGACCUUGGUAACCAUGAUGAUGUGGAUGAUGAUGACCUUGGCAUUGAAAAUGUUAAGGUCACUGAAUGCUCACAACCACUAUAUGUAUUGCCACUAUAUUCAUUACUAUCUACACAGAAACAAGCUAAGGUAUUUGGUCCAGUACCUGAAGGUUGCAGGCUUUGUGUUGUUGCUACUAAUGUAGCGGAGACUUCACUCACCAUACCUGGCAUCAAGUAUGUUGUAGAUACUGGAAAGAGUAAGACAAAGUUUUAUGACAAGGUAACUGGGGUGUCAACAUUUAGGAUCACAUGGACAUCUAAAGCAUCAGCCAAUCAGAGAGCUGGUAGAGCAGGCAGGGUGGGGCCAGGCCACUGCUAUAGGUUAUAUUCAUCAGCAGUGUUCAAUGACGAAUUUGAGAAAUUUUCUCCAGCUGAAAUCACUAGAAGACCUGUAGAUGACCUUGUGCUACAAAUGAAGGACAUGAAUAUAGAGAAGGUGAUCAAUUUCCCAUACCCCACCCCACCUGACAAAGAGCAGUUACAGGCAGCAGAGAAUCUUCUAAUUAGUUUGGGAGCACUAACAAUACCUGCAGCACCCAGAUCAUUCAGGGAGUCAAAGAAAGAAUCUGUCACAACAAUCACACCAGUAGGUAGAGCUAUGGCCUGUUUCCCGGUUUCACCGCGAUAUUCUAAGAUGUUAGCCAUGGGGCACCAGCAGAAUUUAUUACCUUAUGUAGUGGUGAUUGUCUCCGCACUGUCCGUGCAGGAAUUAUUUAUGGAAGUUUAUAGUAAUCCACAAGAUGAAGGUCAGGAAGAAGAGUUUAGACAAAGAUUGAUACACCAGACUGAGAUCAAGAGGAGAUGGGCGGGAGCUGGUCAUUCGCUUUUACUAGGAGAUUUGAUGGUGAUGUUGAAAGCAGUAGGGUCCAGCGAGUACGAGGGUGGGUCACCAAAGUUCUGCGAGGCUCAUGGUAUAAGGUAUAAAGCCAUGAGGGAGGUUAGGAAACUGAGAACUCAAUUGACCAACUCUGUGAAUACAGUGAUACCUGAUGCCAAUGUAUGUGUGGACCCCAAAAUGUCCCCUCCUAAUGAUACCCAGGCUAAACUAUUGAGGCAGAUUGUCUUGUCCGGGAUGGGUGACCAUGUAGCAAGAAAGAUGCCAGAACUUCCUGCAACAAAUCCAGAUGCUAAAAAACUUAAAAAUGCUUACCAGUGUCCAAACUUAGAAGAGCCAGUAUUUAUACAUCCAACAUCAGUUCUUUACCGAGAAAGACCAGAAUUUGUUGUUUAUCAACAUAUAGAAGAAACUUCCAAAUUAUAUAUGAAAGGUAUCACUUCAAUUGAGCCAGAGUGGUUGCCCUUGUUUGCUGAAAGUCAUGUGACCCUCUCUAAGCCAAUGGAAGAACCACCACCAAGAUAUGAUAAGGUCAAAGGUCAAGUCAUGUGCCACAUGUCUGGAACAUUUGGUAACAGAGCCUGGCCGAUUACUCCAGUGGAACUGGAAUAUCCAAGGGGUAUAGAGAAAAUGAAGUGGUUUGCAAGAUUUCUGCUCGAGGGAGAAGUUAUAGCAGAACUGAAAAAAUUCACUCCUGACCUGUUGUCCCCACCUGCCACAAUGAUUAAAACAUGGGCAAAGCUUCAGCCGAGGACAGAGACAUUAUUAAAAUUGUUGAUCUCAGAAAGAGUGGAUUCUAAAGAUACUUUACUUCAAACUUGGAAGAAACAACCAGAUUAUCUUUUGGCAGCAUUGAAAGAAUGGAUACCAGAAUCUAAACAUUUAGAACUGUCAUUGAAAUGGCCACCCAAAUAACUAAUGUUGUUUUAUAUUAUAGGUGUAUUGUUAAUCGAUUAAACUAUUUAAAUACAU